AUGGCUUCCUUUGAUCCGACAAAUGUCAACCUGAACACAGCCAAUGAAGAAGAUGUGCUGUGCUACCUGGCCAUCUCAGGGAACGACUACAAUGGCCAUCUCGGCGCUCGUAUCUCCUCUAUCUUUGUGAUUCUCUUCGUGUCCUCGGCCUUUACGGUCUUCCCUGUGGUUUCCAAGCGGAUGCCAGGAUGGAGGAUCCCAUACAGUGUGUAUAUCUUCGCGCGGUACUUCGGAACUGGUGUCAUUGUGGCCACGGCUUUCAUCCAUCUACUAGACCCGGCAUACAAGCGAAUUGGCCCCAAGACCUGUGUUGGCCAGUCCGGAUACUGGGCUGAAUAUUCCUGGUGUGCGGCAAUUGUCCUCGCAUCCGUCGUGAUCAUUUUCCUGAUGGAUCUAGCGGCGGAAGUCUACGUUGAACACAAGUACGGCGUGCACAAGGAUGAAGAUGCCACCAAUGCCUUCGUCCAGCAUGAGCACCACCUGGAUGUGCAGCCUGCCCCGGAUACCGAGAAGGAGGUCGUGAAUCCCACCUCUACCGAGAAGCGAGUGGAUGCAUGGGGCUCGGAGGGAGAUUCUACCACGGCCGAGAAGUCUUUCCGCCAGCAGAUAUCUGCAUUCCUGCUUUUAGAAUUUGGUAUCAUCUUCCACUCCGUCAUCAUCGGUCUCAACCUAGGUGUGACAGGCUCAGAGUUCAGCACGCUUUACCCAGUUCUAGUCUUCCACCAAUCUUUUGAAGGUCUGGGAAUUGGUGCUCGCAUGUCUGCUAUCCCUUUCGGAAAGCACACCUGGCUGCCGUGGAUCCUAUGUGCGGCAUACGGCCUGACCACUCCAAUCUCCAUUGCUAUUGGCCUGGGAGUGCGGACCACCUACAACCCUGACUCCAAGGUAUCGUUGAUUAUUCAAGGAGUAUUGAAUGCUGUAUCGGCAGGCAUCUUGAUUUACACUGGUUUGGUGGAGCUUCUUGCUAGAGAUUUCCUCUUUGAUCCGUGCCGGACUAAGCGCCGGUCUCGGCUGUUGUUCAUGGUUGGUUGCACCUUAUUGGGGGCAGGAAUCAUGGCUUUGAUUGGAAAGUGGGCCUAG